GCUUGGCGUUUCGAAGGAGGAACAAAAGGCUCUGCCGCUGUUGCUGAUAUUCGUGUCCUCUUACUCGUCGACUGAGGCGCCGAUCGUUGCUGGAUGCUGUCAAGGCCUCAGCUUCGCCUCCGUUGGCCCCCCCGACUAAGCAGGGAUUAGAUGUUAGGGCUGCAUUAGUGCUGACAGGCUUCAUUGUUUCACCUCCGAUUGUCGUACCACUGGCGUUGGUGAAAUGAGCAACUUCGCAACUCCCGACUUCCGUGCCUGGCAAUCGCCUGGUCAUCGUCUUGGCGCAUUUUUUUCUCUUUCUGUUUGUUCCUUCGCUCCAGCCUUUCUUCCCUUCUUUCUCUACCUUUUGCUCUCUAUCUCCUGCUCGAUCUUCCCCCCGCCACCUUGAUUGUCCGGCCAUGUUGCUUGUCAUCGCGCUGGCCCUCGUGGGCUGGACCCUGUACAGCGUCGUCUGUCUCGUCCGCAACAUCCGCCGCAUCCAGAAAAUCGGCAUUCCUUACCACGUCAUUCCUUGCAGUCCCGUCAAUCCGCUCUGGAUCCUGCUCGAGCCGGUCAUCUUCUUUAUUCUCGGGCUCCUCCCGUUUGAAUUCGGUCGCAUCACUCACUAUGGCCGCCGCACCUGGCAGUUUACCGACAAGGCCCAGUCGCAUAUGCGCAUGGGCGAUGCGUGGGCGAUCGCAACCCCCAACGAGGUGUUUGUCUACAUCUGCGAUGCGGACGCCAUUACAGACAUCAUCGCGCGUCGCGCGGAUUUUGUGCGCCCAAUUGAGCUCUUCACACUGCUAAAUGUGUUCGGUCCAAAUGUUGCCACGACCGAGGGCGCGGACUGGCAGCGCCACCGCAAGAUCGUCGCCGCUCCCUUUAACGAAAGCCUGAACAGCUUCGUCUGGCGCGAGGCCCUCACCCAGGCGCGGAGCAUGCUUGCCUCGCGAACCACGGCCGGACCCUCGGGAGGACUGGGAACCGACACACGCACUCUGGCCCUCAAUGUUCUCGCAGCGACCGGCUUCAAACGGUCAACGCGCUUCCAGAGCGCCCAAGAAGCGCAGUCGGAGGAUCCCCGCUCCUAUGCCCAGUCGCUGAAGACCGUUAUGCUCAACACGUUUGUCAUCAUGUUGGUUCCCCCCACCGUGCUCAAACUACCCAUCUUUCCCAGCUGGUGUCGUAGCGCCGGUCAGGCCGUCGAAGAUUUCAAGCAGCACAUGCUCAACAUGUUCAACACGGAGAAAGCGCUCCUCGAUCAAGGGCAGCCAGGCACCGGCACGCUGAUGUCUUCCUUCGUCCGCGAAUCCACGGUCGAUCCCAAGAGCAAUAAGACCGUCCUGACCAUCGACGAAAUCCUGGGCAACAUCUACGUGAUCAACUUCGCCGGCCAUGAUACGACGGCCGGUUCCCUGACCUACGUCCUCUUCUUGCUUGCCGCAUACCCCCAUAUUCAGGACUGGAUCGCCGAGGAGAUCCGCACCGUCUUCCCCAACCCCGACCGUGACACAUGGGAUUAUAAGGAGGCCUUCCCCCGACUCAAGCGCUGUCUAGCAGUGGUGCUCGAAACCGUCCGUCUCUACCCACCUAUCCUCGCCCUGCCCAAAUCCGUCGCACCCCCAACAACCAGCCUCCGCCUCCCUGAAAGCAACCGCACCAUCGUCCUCCCCAAGGGCACCGUGGUCCUACCCAGCCUGCUCGCCGCCCAGACACACCCGAAGUACUGGCCCGACGAGCCCACCACCUGGAACCCCCGCCGGUGGGUCGAGACCGCCACACCGAGCGGCGACGCCGCCACUACACGGGAGGAGCAGCUGGCGCGCGAAGAGAUCAUGGAACCCCGGGCGGGAGCGUACUUCCCCUGGUCGGCGGGCGUGCAGAACUGCGCCGGACGCAAGUUCGCGCAGGUCGAGAUCGUAGCGGCCAUGGCGGCGCUGUUCCGCGAGUAUCGGAUGCGGCCGGUGCUGCUGGACGGCGAGGACUUUGAGAAGGCGCAGGCGCGGAUCUUGAAGUCGACGAAUGAUAGUUAUCAGUUACUGGUUAUGCAGAUGCGCGAUCCGGAUAGUACGCAGUUUGUUUGGGAAAAGGUGGAGUGAGUACCAUACUUGGAUUUGGUGGGAUUGUAGCUGUAUGAGCUCUGUUAUGUGGUCGGGCUUGAGUUGAUUAGGAACUCGGUAUGGGUGGUGGACUUGUCCAGCGUACGAUACGUAUAAUUAGCCCCUCUAAUCUCUCCUCGGUCUUACUACUCAAUGAGAUACGAUUCUUAUUUAAAGUGUACGAAACAUAGCCUUUUCGAACUAGUGGGUCGCAUUGAUGUCCAGAUGUUGACGUAGGCGACAAAGCCGCAUUGAAUCCGCUCAGACA